UCUGUCUCUCACAGUGAGUGUUCAUAUUUCAAGCUGUUAUCUGAAGAUGGUUCAUCUGUUUAUUUGGUGCUGCAUGUGGCAUAUGGCUGGUGUGUUUGGUGAUUCAGUGUCAGUGAUGGAGGGAGAUUCUGUCACUUUAUACACUGAUCUUACUGAAAUACAUGAAGAUGAAGACAUACUGUGGAAAUAUGGAGCUGAAAACUCUCUGAUAGCUCAAAUCAGUAGAGCUGAUCAAAUCUUCUCCACAUAUGAUGAUGUUCUUGAUGGGAGAUUCAGAGACAGACUGAAGCUGGACGAUCAAACUGGAUCUCUGACCAUCACAAACAUCACAACUGAACAUGCUGGAGUUUAUAAACUAGAGUUAAAUGGAGCGAAACUGACAACAAAAACAUUCAGUGUUUCUGUCUAUGCUCGUCUGUCUGUUCCUGUCAUCAGCAGUAACUCUUCACAAUGUUCUUCAUCAUCAUCAUCAUCAAAUUGUUCAUUGGUGUGUUCAGCUGUGAAUGUGGGUCAUGUGACUCUCUCCUGGUACAAAGGAAACAGUUUAUUGUCCAGCAUCAGUGUGUCUGAUCUCAGCAUCAGUCUCUCUCUACCUCUGGAGGUGGAAUAUCAGGAUAAAAACACCUACAGCUGUGUGCUGAACAAUCCCAUCAGCAACCAGACUCAACAUCUGGACAUCACUCACCUCUGUCACACAUGUGCAGAAAACAUCCACAAAAUUCAUUGUUGUGAUUCUGUUGAAGCUGUGCUCCGAUUGGUCGUCACUGCUCUGAUGGGCGUGGCUGCUGCGGCUGCUGCUGUUCUUCUGGUCAAUGACGUCAGAUCUACGAGAGGUUAAAUGGAGGAAACAGAUCAGAUGCUUUCAAAUCUUUGCUCACUAAUGCUCCUCUGAACUGGACUGUAAAAGGCUCAUUACCCGAAUCUGGUGUAUUGGGGCCAUCUGGUGGCCAAAACGAUGGAUAUUCUUAGUAUUUCAUUUUAUUCUUAAAUUGCAUCCAUAUAUAUAUAUAUAGAGAGAGAGAGAGAGAGAGAUUUAAGUUUUAUUUUACAUAAUAAAAAUAAACUCUGACCUGUAUGAAUAAUGAAGGUUAAUUAAAAACUCAUUUUCUGUAUAUUCAGUUUAUUUAACACCACACAGACAGUGUAAAUGUACACAUUAAAACCAAAGUUCAUUAGAAGACAUUAUGAUGCAACAGUGACAGGCCCAUUUUUCAGCACAAUUAAUUCUGGAUGUAUUUUCCCUAUUUAUUUUCUCACUAAGAGUUCACUAAUCCAUCAACCAAACUACUAACCUCCAAUAUGAUUACAGCAUUACAAAGUUUGGUCUGAAGCACAAAAAAAGUUUAUGAAAAUAAUAAUUAAAAAACAAACAAACAAAACACACACACACACACACACACACACACACACACACACACACACACACACACACACACACACACACACACACACACACACAAAGGUUUAUGCUUAAUGUCUUUUAUGAUGGGAUUACCUACAAUCCCACAAUGCAACAUUUGCCAUGAUUCUAUGAUUGAUUUCUUUAGUAUUAUAUGUAGUUCUUAAUAUGGACUUUGUCAAUCAAAUGGAUUUUGUUACUGAUGUUGAAUACUGACUGAAGGCUUCAGAAGAAC